AUGCUGGUUGCUGAAAUUGUCUUGCCUUCUGGGCCCUCCGACGGCAAGAUUGAAGAGGGUGACGUUCUUAUCAAGGUAAAUGGCGAGCUGCUUACCCAGUUUAUCCGCCUCGACGACAUCCUGGACUCGAACGUGGGCAACACCAUCAAGUUUCACUUGCAGCGUGGAGGAGAAGACAUCGAGGUCGACAUCGAAGUCGGCGAUCUUCACAAAAUUACGCCUGAUCGCUUCGUGACUGUCGGCGGAGCGAGCUUCCACGACAUCUCCUACCAGCAGGCCAGGCUUUAUGGAGUAGCUGUUAAGGGAGUGUACAUCUGCGAAGCCGCAGGAUCUUUCCGAUUCGACAAUACAGAUAACGGGUUUAUCGUACAGUCUGUCGAUCAAAAGGCAGUGCCCGAUCUGGAUACGUUUAUCCAGGUGAUGAAGCAGAUUCCCGACAGGGCGCGAGUGGUUGUCAAGUAUAAGCACCUGCGUGAUCUGCACACGCUCAACACGACCAUUGUAUACGUCGACCGUCACUGGUCAGCCAAGAUGAAGCUGGCCGUUCGAAACGACGUAACAGGACUCUGGGACUUUUCCGACCUCGGUGAGCCCCUGCCACCGGUUGCCCCUGUUCGGCGGUCGGCCUCCUUCAUUGAGUUGGAUCACAUGCCGCAUCUUGGCAUUGCCUCCUUGAUCCGCAGCUUUGUGCAUGUCAACUGCUCCAUGCCAGUCAAACUAGACGGCUUCCCGAAGAACCGACGAUGGGGAAUGGGUCUUGUCAUCGACGCCGACAAGGGUCUGGUGCUCAUCUCCCGAGCUGUUGUGCCGUAUGAUCUUUGCGACAUCACCGUCACCAUUGCUGAUUCCAUCAUGGUUGAGGGCAAGGUUGUAUUCCUGCAUCCGCUGCAAAACUACGCCAUCAUCAAGUACGAUCCCGCUUUGGUGGAUGCUCCCGUCGUGAGCGCUCGACUCAGCGAUCAACACCUGACACAGGGUGCAAAGACUUACUUCCUGGGCUACAACAGGAUAAGCAGAGUCGUGCACGGCUCUACCACCGUGACGGAGAUUACUGCGGUUGCUAUCCCUGCAAACUCGGGGGCUCCACGAUACCGCGCCGUCAACGUAGAUGCUAUUACGAUUGACAGCAACCUUGGAGUGUCGUGCGGCAGUGGUGUUCUCGUAGCGGAGGAUGGGACCGUGCAGGCUCUGUGGCUGCAGUAUCUCGGAGAGCGCUCCCCGAACAACCAAAGAGAUGAGGAGUAUCAUCUCGGCUUAGGCACACCAACCUUGCUGCCCGUUGUUUCAGCCAUUCAGCGCGGCGAGACGCCACGCCUGCACAUGCUCUCAGUCGAGUUCCGAUCCAUCCACAUGUCUCAGGCACGCGUGAUGGGCGUCUCGGACGAGUGGAUCAAGAAGGUUACACAGGCAAACCGGUCUCACCACCAACUCUUCAUGGUUAGCAAGCGGACAUUCGAGCGGGUAAAUCACCCGGUAUCGCUCCUCGAAGGCGACGUGGUACUGACGCUUAACGGCAAAAUCUGCACCACCAUCUCCGACUUUGACGUGAUGUACUCGAACGAGGUUCUUGACGCCGUUGUUGUGCGAAACUGCGAGGAGAUGCACCUGCAGCUUCCAACGGUACUUGCCGACGACAUGGAAACACACCAUGCCGUGUCCUUUUGCGGGGCCAUCCUCCAUCGCCCUCACUUGGCUGUUCGCCAGCAGAUUAGCAAACUUCACAGCGAGGUGUACGUGUCGAGCCGCAUUCGCGGUUCUCCGGCGUACCAGUACGGACUUGCCCCAACCAACUUUAUCACCCAUGUCAAUGGCGAGUCAACGCCGGACCUGGAUUCGUUCAUUGCGGCAACCCGGAAAAUCCCCGACAACACCUAUUUCCGCAUCAAGGCGGUCACCUUUGACUCGGUGCCGUGGGUGAUCACAAUGAAGAAGAAUGACCAUUACUUCCCUACCAUGGAAUGGAUAAAGGACAGCAACGAGCCGUGCGGUUGGCGACGCGUGACGUACGAGGGCAGCCAGGUGUUCCAGGGAGAGGCGACUGAUGGAAUCCCACCGGUUGCUGGCAAUGCUGAGAUGGAAUAG